AAAAAGGUGACAUUAGUGUCUAUGUUGUUUGGGAUAUUGCGUCUCCUUGUGUAGUUCCGACCUCAGACAUCUUUCGGCCAGGCGCGGCGUCAGCAGCGAACAACAGUCCGCAGACUGAGUGGCAGAGUUGGUCUUCACAGAGAAGAUGACAGCCGUGGUCCAUGUGGAGGUUACAACUUCACGCCGUUUGGACUCCUCACUGACAAUGGUGACAGGGUGCACAACUUGACCUGCACGAUGGAGACACGGCUGUCGCCUGCACACCGUGGCACUGCGCUCGGCAGUGAUAAAAUCGCACUUCCAAAGUGCUGGGGCUUUCACAAAGUUGAAUUUCCAACAUGGUAGAAGAGGUUGUUGUUUUGCCCCGGACUGUUGUCAUGUCCCCGCAGUGCCUGUAGUGGUGCUGUGAGGAGCCGCCGUGGACUCGACUCUAAAUCCUCGGCAGCCCCCCACUGCAAAUAUUUGUUGUGGAUAAUCAAAAUUUAGGUGCAUCUGUAUUUGAAAAUAUAUUGAGUUGGAUGAAGAUCGCCGAUAGUCUCCUGAUAUCUGUGGUCUCGAUGCACCGAUAGCCGAGCUGCUUCUAGGAGACGUUCCGUCUGUCUGGAGCGAACACCGUACACAGCCUAGACCAGUUCAAGCUGAUGUUUUCAAGGACAAGAGUCACGUGAUGUAUGAAGGCAAACACAUACACUUCUCGGAGGUGGACAAUAAGCCAUUGUGCUCAUAUAGCCCUAAGCUCUGCAAGCAGCGAAGACUCAAUGGCUAUGCCUUCUGUAUCCGGCACGUCCUGGAGGAUAAGACCGCCCCCUUCAAGCAAUGUGAAUAUGUGGCCAAGUACAACAGCCAACGAUGUACCAACCCCAUCCCCAAGGCAGAGGACCGCAGAUACUGCAACAGCCACCUGCAAGUCCUGGGCUUCAUCCCCAAGAAGGAGAGGAAGAAGAAGCACGAGGCGCUGGAGGACAUGCGCUCCCGGCCUCACCUGGAGUCGGUGGCCCUCAACAUCACGGUCCCCUCGCUCACUCUGAAGGUCCCCAACGGUGUCCUGGAGGAGCUCCCGGCCUCCCCGCCCUGCUCGCGCCUGCUGCCCCUCGCGGACGCCGAGCUCCUGGACCCCUUCGCCUUUUCCGAGGAAGACACCGACGCGGAGGGCAUGGGCGUUCCUCGGAGAAGUGCCUCGGCUCGCAAGAGACCGCCCAACCACCGACUGUUGCUCCAUCAGAAACUCCGCCAUGACACUGAGCUUUUCCCGCCGCCCCCAGAGCACUUUAGCCCCUCCUCCCGCAUCCACACGGCCCCCACCAACAGCCACCUCCCCCGCCAGCAUUCAGGACAUCAUCACCACCCUCAUCACCACGUUCAGCCGCAACCGCCGCCGCCGCCGCAGCAGCACGCCAACGUGCCGCCCUUUUUCCUACCAGGACAGCCGCAGGGUUUAUUAUGCAAUCCAGUACCACCUCAGACACCCAACUUUCUGCCUCCGGGGCUGCCCCCCCCCACCGCAGCGGCCAGCCCGACACAGAGCCCCGGGCCGUCCCUCGGUAGGAAGCCCCCCUUCACUGCCCCCCACCUGCCUAGCAGCUGCAAGGAGGGGCCGAGCGCCGCCCAGAGGCACGUGGUGGUCAUGCGGCCGGCGGGCUUCUCGCCGCCCCCGGCGUCCCUCAGCCGGCUGCAGCAUCUCGUGCAGCUCUGCGCCAAGCGACGGCAGGACCACGGAGACCUCUUCCCACAUCUAGGACUGGACUGGUCGGAGGACAGCGGCGAGGACGACGUGGAGCAGGAGGACGCCGACCUGGAGAGGGAUCGGCCGUUCCCCAGCUCCUGGAGACCGCAGGACGCGUUGGAGGAGUCGGGGCGCGCCUCGCGGAGGACACGGCUGCUGAGGCUGUGCUCGUACCUCCAGGAGAAAUACAAGCACAUGUGCCGGCAGGAGAGGGCCUGCAUGCGCCAGAAGAGAUACCGCUAUGCCUUCCGCAAAGCCCUCCUUCACGCAGCCAGCAAGGACCCCAACUGUGCUGGGCAGCUGAUCCAGGAGCUCCACAACUUCUCCAGCACUUCCACGAGUGCCGGUCCCGCGGGCCAGCCCCACACCGCAGAGUCAGGGCUCUGCAGCGGCAGCACCAAGGGCCUGGCCUGCUCGGGCAGCGCCCUGCCCUUCACCCGCCACUGCUUUCAGCACAUCCUGUUGAACCACUCUCAGCAGCUCUUCUCCAGCUGCACUGCCAAGUUUGCCGACGGCCAGCAGUGCUCCAUCCCGGUGUUCGACAUCACCCACCAGACCCCUCUCUGCGAGGAGCACGCCAAAAAGAUGGACAACUUCCUGCGCGGGGACGGCAACCGCCGAGUGCAGCACCAGCAGCAGCAGCAGCAACGCAAGCCCCGCAAGAAGACCAAGCCCCCGGCACUCACCAAGAAACACAAGAAGAAGAGGAGGAGAGGCCCCCGCCGGCCCCAGAAGCCCAUCCCCCCGGCGCUGCCCCAGGGGAACCUGGGGAUGCCUUCCACCAGCCUCUCGCUGCCCUCCCAGGCCAGCAUCAGGAGCGCCUCUACCCCCGACCUGAGUGCAGACGAGCUGCCUGAUGACAUCACCAAUGAAAUAGCCGACAUUCCAAACGACCUGGAGCUGAACCAGGAGGACUUCUCGGACGUCCUGCCGCGGCUCCCCGACGACAUGCAGGUCUUUGACCUGUUUGAAGGGAAGAACGGAGAGCUGCUGCCCACCACGGAGGAGGCGGAGGAGCUGGUGCGGGCGCUGCAGGCCAUGGGCUCCUACCCCGAGUCCCUGGUGUGUCUGAGCUCCAUGGGGGACCUGGCCUCCUCCGACGGCGUGGACCACCGGGCCCUGGGGGGGUUCCCCGGGCCCCCGCCGCCCGGGGCCAUGGGCGACCUGCUGAACGGCCGCAUGCCCCCGGAGAGCUUCCCCGGCCUGGAGCUGGAGGCCAGCCUGCUGCAGGCGGGCGGCGCCCACCACCACCACCACCACCACUUCCCCCCGCCGCCGCCGCCGCCCUCCUCGCUGCCCUCGGCCCCGCCCCCCGGCGCCGGCGCCAGCCUGACCUCCGUGGCGGUGUCGUCGGCGGCGGCGGCGGCGGGGGCGACCUCCAGCCCCGCCCUCCUCUCCCAGAGCUCCCUGACGGAGCGGACGUUCCCACGGACGCUCCCCCCCCAGGGCCACGCCUGCAAGCCGGCGCCGGCCCCCCUGCCCGCGGCGGCGGCGCCGGGGGGCAGCCACUACGGCGGCGAGCACGGGCCGUCGCCCUACAGUGACCACAUCUCCUCGCCCGGCGCCGCCGCCUUCCACGCCGGCCCCCCGCUGCUGCUGGAGGCGCCGCUGGGCGGGGGGCCGUGCCCGCCGCGCCCCCCCUGGAACAGCCUCUCCAUCUCCAUGGGCGAGCCCUCGCCGUUCGGCCACCUGAGCUGCGUGGAGGGCCACCUCAUCUCCACCUCCCUGUCCACGCCGCCCGCCGCCGCCGCCGCCACGCAUUCAGUGACCCUCCAGCCCAUGGCGGCCCUCUCAGCGACCCCCCCGCGCGGCCUGGCCGGCCUGACCGCCCCCCCCGGCCGCUCCCCCUCCCUCUCGCCGGCGGCGGGGGGGCACGACCUCCUGACCUCCACGCAGCCCAAGCAGCAGCUGCCUCAGUUCAGCGCGGCCUUCGGCCACCAGCUGGCCCCGCCCCCCAGCGGCCUCCCCAAGGACGUGCAGCCCAGCCACAGCUCCACCGCGCCCCCCGCCGGCUGCUCCCAGGCCAGCGCCGCCGGGGCUAGUGCCAACAGCGCCCCGCCCCCCUUCCCCCAGAGCAACUGAACACUGGCUGCCUGGCCGGGCCCCCCCCCCCCGGGACGGGCCCCGGCCCUCCCCCACCUGAGGGAGGAGGACAUCCGCUCUCUGGCCCCCGGCCCCUGUCUUCAUCUGCUCCAGGCGUCGUGGUAACGGUGCACAAUUGUUCUGAUUUAAAUUUGAUAUUGUUUUUUUUGCACAGCUUAUUUGACCCAUUUUUCUUCUCCUUUUUUUUUUUUUAAUCGGCAGCCAUCUGCUUUCCCUUCAGGGAUGAGAGUCAGUUGGCGCUGAGGUCAGGCCCCGCAGCCCUGUGGUUUCACCAGCAGGGGGCAGCGGGUCUGUGAACACACGGGUGUGAAUGACCUUUAGAGAUUACUCCCAAUUUAGUGAUAAACGCAGCGCUUCGGAAUCCAUUCACUUAAACGCCUCAAUCAACGAUUUGUUUUCUUAUUCUCCGGUCGGCUCCUGUUCCAUAACGACGAACCAUAUCCUGCCUUGCUUCUCAUGUGAUCGUACCCCACCCUGCUCUCUUAAACCCCCACCCUGCUCUCUCAAACCCUCCUUAGUCCCCCCCUGGAAAGACGGAGUAUAGUUCGUAAUGUUUGUGACCCAUAACAAUUACCGCGACGUUCUAACCGGUAUCAUGAAAAUUCUGUCAAGCUUUCCCACGAACGGAAGAUUCACCAAGCUACUUUUAAACGGCUCUUUUUAUAUCGUGCGUGUGUAAAUAUAUAGCGGAUUCUUUUUAUCAGUUUGUCCGGACAGACUUUGACCUCACCAUAGGCCGUGGGUCUCCAUAUUGGUGGCCUCGUAAGAUGUGUGAGUAAAUCUGGUUUCCUAAAGCAAUAAAUCCAUGGUCAUACUCUCUAGUACCGUGAGGUGUAGUGUGGGUCUCCUCCUAAAUGUAGCAGGCCACUGUGGACCAGGACAACGUUUGGACCUAUAUUACUGUCGUAAGACCUUUCUCUCUCUCUCUCCCUCUCUCUCUCUCCGUCUUUUAAUGUCUGCUCAGCUUCUGAUGGACUAGAAUAGACCAAUCAGGUCUCUGCGUCUCCAGGGUCAUACCACAUAGAGGGCGAGCGCCCAGCAGGGAGGGGGGGUUGUGCUAAUCGGGGUACACAUGGAAUCAUGCCAGUGUGGCGGGCGGGGCGGUAAAGUUUCAGCUGUGGACCCCCACUAAGAACAGCCCGGCCUACCUGAUCAGUGGAACACUGUUUACCGGUGGUGGGUGGAGGGGAAUGGGGAGCCCCACGUCUGAGAAGUGGGGGUCCCCGUUGAUAGAGGUGGGGGCGACCGCAUGACGUAGGCGACAGCACUGUGUGGCUCUCUGAAGGCGUGAGGACCAGGUGGCUUUAGGGGCAGCGAUGCAUGGUGACCCGAGCGGGUUCUUUCUUAAAAACAAAGUUUUAGCGAAGCGGGGGUCUUCUCGCCGGGGUCCCGUCGGGUGAGCUCUCCUGCAGCAGUACCACCGCCGGGCGUCGUGGUUCUCCUCUUAAAUUAUUCAGACAUUGUUGAGUAUUAGGUCUGUUGAGUAGCAGUCUCUACAUCGGGGGUCCGUUGGUGAAUUAUUGAUCAGCGAUGGAUUGAAGUUGUUUGAAAAGUGGAACGUGUUUGGUGGAACGUGUCUUGUUAUUUAAUGGCUAUCAAAAUGUUAGUGCACUGUGGGUAGGAUCCGUUGUCCCCCCCCCCCCCCCUCGUCCUUUGUUCUGAUAGGCCGUCAGGAAGGUACUUUUGAUAGCUAUUAAACCCCAGCAGGACGCUCCCUCUCUACGCACAGUCUCCACGGCGAUCCCGACUCGGUCGGGGCCGGCAGAUCCAAGACGAACACGCAUUGCAUACGCUCAUUUCAUUUCGGGUUUCUGUGCAGCAGACGGGUGUGGAUCUGUCGCGUUCAUAUUUAUUUUGAACAGGACUAGACGAGGCCGCCGGUGUGUCACAUGUCCCGCACCCCACCCUGAACUGUCUUUUUGCCUUUUCGCUUGCAAUCUCACCCAGCCGGUCGUCCCCGUCACUAUCAGCGCUCAGUCUCCCUCGAGCCCAGUCCCACCUGUGAGAAGGCCCAGCUCUUUCUCCUGGUUCCAAAGAGGCAACACGUUACUAAAGUGUCCACGCGUAGCGCCGCCAGAGGUGACGACAGGCUUUCUCCAGAAGGGCAACACACAGUGCUCCUGAAAUUCAGGUUGGAUUGAAUGUUCCUUGGGUUUGGGCAAUCAAGGCAAUACUGCUGUAUUCACAUAGCAUGGAAACGACUGGCUCCCCGACACACAUAGAACAACAAUUAACAGGGCUUGUAGGCAAUUGUAACUGCUUGAAAUCAGAGAUGGUUGACAAAUUCCUAUACUCAUUGAAUGUACUGUAUUACUGUUUUUAAAGAUGAUAGGAUGAGCUAAUAUUCUAGUCACAUUUUGUUAUCGGUCUUUGUUUAAUUUGUCUAAGGUAUUUUUUGUAUACAAAGGUUUACAUUUUUAUGUAUAUUUUUCUUGUGUACAAAUUAUGUAAUAUGUGUAUAAACACUGUAUGAAUAUCUGUAUAUAGUGUGAGAAAUUUGACCUUGUUUUUUGGAUGUACAAAUAAAAGUUGCUGUGAGGUAUUGGCUGAUA